UAUAAUAUUAUAUUCAAACCUUUAUUAUAACUCAAUGUUUUGUAGCAAAAUUAAGUGUUGUGUAAAACAUUUCCAAAGUUAUAAGAAAUGAUACAUAUUAGAGAUGGAUAAAUAUACAAUUGAUUUAGAUCAGGUUUUAAACGACUUUGAGUAUUUAGAGUUAACCGAUCACCAUACAAGAAAUGUUUCUAACGAAUCUAAUAAUAAUUCUACGUUAGGUUCUUCUCCAAUAAUAACAAAACACAGUAUUCACAAUGUUUUUCAUAGCCUUAAUGAGUAUCUGACCACCAAUAUUAACCAAAAGAAUGAGCAAAAACAAGUUGUGGAAAGUGAUGAAAACCUUGAAAAUAUAGACAAUACCUCAAUUAAUAAGGCGGGUAUUUCUAAAGAUAAGGAACAAGUUCAAGAAUGUUUAACUACUAUUGUUACUUCACCAAAUGUCAGUCAAGAUAAAAGACUUUUGGAAAAUGAAGAUCUGUCAAAUAAUAGUAGCUACUGUGCUUCACCUUUGAUAUCAGAAGAAACAAAUAAAGAUGUAAAUUCAACAGACAAUAAAAUUUAUUUAAAAGAUGAACAUGAGGAAGUAGGAACUUCUAAUAUAACUGUUCAUUCUGUUAAUGAAAUUACUAGUAAGCCUUAUACAGAUUUUGAAGAGACUGAUGAACUUGGUGUGUCUUCAGAUAUUAAAUCUGAUAUUAAUUUGGAAGAAAACAGAGAACUCGAUGAUCAUGCUGAGCAAAGACCAUCUAAAACUACAGAUGACUUUGUUAGUAAUAAUACAGAAGAGACUAACAGUAAAACGUUAAUUAAGAAUGAUGUUGGACAAGAAAAUAUUGAGGAGUAUGUUAUAGAACCAUCUAUUAGUUUAGAUUUAUUGGAAUUAAAACAUGAAAAUCCUAAUUGUGUAUUUGAAGAAGAUACUGAUAGUCAAAAAAAUAUUUUAUCUGAAAAAAUACAAUCUGAGAGGUCAGACCUUUAUGGUACAAAUAAUGUAGUCACAGACCAGGUUAUAGAAAGUCAAGCUUCUAAUAAUUGUGAACAACCCAAGAAUAAAACAAAGAUUGUUGGAUUUUCUACUGAUAUUGACAUUGAGGAACAAGAAUUUAAUGAAUUACUGAAUAACUUUGAACAAGAAGUUACAGAAAAUGUUGAUUCUUCGUUAAUGAAUACAGAGAUUUUAGUUGAAGGAAAAGAAACUAAUUUUGAAAGUAAAAUUGCAAAAGAGAGUAGUACUAUAAAUGAUGUAAAUAUUGAUCAAGAAAUGGAUGGUAGCGAUCUUAGUAAAUGUUUAAAUGAACAUAAUAAUACUAUGCAGAUUAGAGAAAAUGUUAUUGAAACUAGUGAACAAAUUAAAGUUGAAGAUGCAUCUAAUGUACAAAUUGAAGAUGAGAAUUUAAAUAAUAAUCAGGAAUCAAUUGAUAUGAGUGAAAAAUGUGAUGUAUCUAUUCAGAAUAAAUGUAUGUCACCACUAAAGAAAAAUUAUUCACAGGAUUCUUUAACAAGGCCUCAAAACUUACUUCUUAGUAAUGAGGUGAAAGAAAAUGGAAGUAACUCUGGAAGAAAAAUUGAUCUAAUUGGAAAUCCAGGUUCAACACCAUACAAUAAUGUAUACAUUAAUGAAACAAUUGAAUCAAAGGAUGGAGCAGCUGAGUCAAAAGAAAAUGAUUCUGAUUAUAGCACAUCUGCAAGUCCAACAUUUUCAGAUUGUAGUGGUGAUAGCACUUCUACAGCUAGUACAGUCUCUGUAGAUGAUGAAAAUAAAGAGAAGGAAAGUAAUUUGGAAAAUUUAAAUAAUACAUUUCAGAACUUUCCAGAAGAUAAAAAUGCAGCAAAGUUUAACAAUGUGAAAGAUGAUAUUCAGACAAAUGUUGAAUCUAAUAAUGAUACUACAAAUACACCUGCUGUUACUUCAGAAGAGAAUUCCAACAAUACUACAGAGUCAGGCGGUGGAGAGGGUGGUGGUACAUCAGGUGGUGGAGGUGAUACUAUGACUGGACAUAACUUUUUAGAUAAGUCAUGGUUAGGCAAAGAAGCACCUCUUUGGAUACCGGACUCUGAUGCCCUUACUUGUUUGCAUUGUGAUAUGAAAUUUACUGUCCUCAAAAGAAGACAUCACUGUAGAGCUUGCGGAUUGGUUCUUUGUUCAAAAUGUUGCAAUUUGAAAUUUCGCUUGGAAUAUCUGGAUACCGAAGCUCGCGUUUGUAAUAAGUGUUUUGAAGUACUAAAUAAAGAUUCAAGUAGUUCGUCGAGUUCUAGUCAUAAUUCACCAGAGUCAGUGUCACCUCUACAACAAGUUGGACAAGCUUUAACAAACCCACCUACAGUUAUGGUUCCGGUUGGCGUUCUUAAAAGGAAAGGGUCAAACAAAAAAUCUAAUAAAUCAGUCAUGUUUUGUGAUGGUAUUGCUCCAGGAAGUGAUUUAACCAGCUUAGACCAAGAUUUUAAUUACAAUAAUGAGUCGAAGUCCGAAGCAGUAACGAAAGAUUCUGAUCCACCUAAAGAAAAACUGCCAAAUACUAUUCUAUCAAAUGUUAAAUGUACCAGAAAUCAGCCUAAAAUUGAUCAUGAUACAGGAUGUUAUAUACCAAAGUCUGAGUCGGACUUACCACCAACUAUAAGCAUAAAUAAAUCGGACGUUUUAUAUUCAGAAUGUUCAAAUUCGCCAAGUGUAGUUGAGAUGUUAAAAAACGAGUCGUUAACAUUUGCUAUAAAUCAGAAUCUCUUUGUACAUGUUAAAAUAAUAAAUAUGAGUUGCUGUAUAAGUAAGCAGGCAUGGUGUUUCUGUACCGAAGGACUUAUAAAUGUUGGAUCUGAUGAAAUAGUGUAUUUACUAGAAUAUAUUGAAGAUGAAAGUUUCAUUCCUAAAGAUUUAUUUUUUCAUAUUUACAGUGUUUAUAGUGAAGCUGAAAAAGGCAUACAUUACCAUUGAAUAAUUAAUGGCAGUAUUCAGUAACUCUAUUUUUUAGGUAGUUCCAUAAAAGAACUUGGACUAUCUCUGCAUAGGACAUCAACAUUUCUAGACUCUAAAAACCAUGCAGGGUUUGUUUAUAUCAAACCUUCUUUUCAAUGUUUAGAUAAUGUCAUUAAACCAAAGGAAUCAUUUCUCAUAGGAAUUUUAAUUCACAGAUGGGAAACUCCUUGGGCGAAACUAUUUCCUUUAAGAUUGAUUUUAAGAUUGGGAGCUGAAUAUAGGUACUAUCCAAGUCCAAUUAUUUCAACGAGAUAUCGAGAAAGCGUCUUUGUCGAAAUAGGCCAUACAAUUAUUAAUCUUCUGGCAGAUUUUAGAAAUUUUACUUAUACAUUACCUCAAAUAAGAGGUCUGACAAUUCAUAUGGAGGAUAAAAAAACCACUAUAACUAUUCCUAAAAAUCGGUACGAUCAAGUAAUAAAAUCAAUUAAUAAUUCAAGUGAGUAUAUACUCGCUUUUGGGGGAAAUUUCAGUCCCGAAGCCGACUCACAUCUAGUUUGUAUUCAAAAUACCCAAGGUCACGAAAAUUCCUAUUCUACUCAUGCAAUAAAUAUUCAUAAUAAACCUAGAAUACUUACUGGAGCAAGUUUCAUCGUAUUUAAUGGAUCAUUAAAAUCCAGCAGCGGUUUAACGGCCAAAUCAACGAUAGUUGAAGACGGAUUGAUGAUCCAAAUAACGUCAGAACAUAUGGAAAAAAUUAGAGAAGAUUUAAGGAAUUUAAAAGAUCAUACUAUAGCGUGCGGGUGUGUUAAUGUCACAUCCGACGAGUCGGUUAAUAUUAUUUGGGGAGAAAACGAUACCAAUUUUAAUGUUGGUGUUAAAUCUCCUGUGGAUCUUGCAGACAUGCAAGGUGUGCCUUCAAUUAGAGUUCACAAUGGAAAAGAUUAUUUCUGUAAUAAUGGAUCAAAGCUUAUAAGAUGGACGGAAGUUUUUAUUUUACAGAAUGGAGAAGAAAACUCCAAAAGUCAAGAUCCUGUAGAUAUAUCCAAAAUUUCAGAGUCAAUUGCUAAGGCUUGUUGUAACGCUCUCCUUAAAUAUUUAGAUCUAUUGGUGUCAAACAGUUGCCAAAAAAUUGGAAUUAGAGCUACUUUACACGUUGAGAAUGUUUCAUAUUUAGCUGGAUCAAAUGGGUCAAAAUUAGCACCUAUUUAUAUGAGAAGUCUUGAUAACGAACUAAUACCAGUUUUACAUAAAAUAACAACCAACAAUUUGGGUGACAGUGUAAUAGAAUUGGAACUAAUUUUCCGAAUAUUGAAUUCGUAGGGAUUAAUGUCGCUCCAUUUCAGAGAAAUUAUAAUUCAGCAAUAUACAAUAAUGAUGCUUUUAGAGAGUUACUGUUUAAGCAUCAGCUUAUAGACAGAACUUUAGACACAAUAUGAAGAAUUGACUUAACAUAUUAUGUAACCUAAAAUACACUUUGUAGGUAUAUUUUUUUUUUUUGACCUUUGCUUUUAAAACUAGUUUUUUACAGGAAUUAAAAAAUAUACCACUUUUAGCAAUACGAAAUAUUAAAAAUUAUCUCUUAAUAUAUGUUGGAGUCAGUAUUAAAAGUCCAGUAUUUUAGGUUACAAAUGAUGAAAGCGUACAUAAAAAUUAAUUAAACAAACUGUGAUUGUCAACUAGCGAAUAUUGAUAAAAUAUUAGUUGAUUGAACUAAAAAAACUGUUGUUUUUUGUCAGGCAUAGUUAUUACAGAUAUAAUAUGAAUUUUGUUUAGCGGAUUAAUAGUCAAAAUCCGUUAUUUUGAUUCUAGGGAUACCAAAAUUUAGGAAUUGUACGUCUGAUAGUUUUAAUUAAUUUAAAAAAAUUGUCAGUCGUUUUUUGAUAUUUUAAUUUAAAGAUAUGAAACAUUUUCAGAUUGGGAGAGAUACUGAUAUGCCUACUAAAUAUAUAAUUAUUUCUUUAAUUCAUAAACAGUUUUGUAAAUUAUGGAUAAAGUAUUUUUAAAAUAAUUAUAAUUAAAACAUUAAUUGUAUUGAUGAUGUAUUAUUUAGAUUGUUUAGAGCCAAGGUUAUUAAAAGAUAAGGCUGUCUUGUAACUCGAUCUACCAUUAUCGGAACGUCAUCUACUACGACACAGGUAUGUUGCCGCUAAUAGAUAAAGGGAUAAAAACUUGGGACAGUGCAUUUCCGAAUCGAUAUUUAUUGUGUAUGGCGUCCAUAGUUUUCAGUUGUUUGAUGUUUGUUUUCUUUAUUACAUUGCCCAUAAUGCCAAUUUAUCUUUGUCCGUUGCAUUUUAUUUUUUAUUCCUUUAUCUAUGAUUUUAUACGUUCUGUAGCAUACCUGUGACGUAGUUGCCGCUCCUAAUGGUCCAAAAGUUACGAGGCAGCCUGUUUAAUAUAGUAAUCUUGGUUUAGAACUAUGAAAUAUGGUGAAAUUAUAAUUAAUAAUGCUUAACAUGAAUAUGUCGAGUCUAUAUAAUAAGAAGUAAUAUCUUUUAUAUACCGGGAGUUUCAUCAUUGGUAUUUUUUACUAAAUUUUUACAGCUGAGAGUCAAAUUGGAAGCCCCCCCCCAUAUAUUACUUAUAAUACUACAUAACCAAAUAUUUUUUACCUAUCAAAAUAGAACUGUUCAGAGAUAAAUAUUUUUUUUGUAAAACUACUCUAUAAUCUCAAAAUAAAACACAAAUUCGCCACAAUAAUACACCAAAUCACUUUACUUUUAACUCUGGACGAGCGUUUCGCUAACCAUGUUAGCAUCAUUUGCUGAUCAUUAAAACUGAAUGAUUAGCCAAACGCGCGUCCCGUAAAUGUCCCAGUAAUGUGUUUUGGUGUAUUGUGAUGAAUUAGUGCUUUAUUUUGUUUUUAACACAGUAAUAAAACCAUGUUAAGCCAUGUUAAACUUAUUUAAUUCUACAUAUGAACAAAUCUCCUUGAUCUUUGCUGUGGGCGGACAUACCAUGUAAAGUAUUGAUAUUAUAUGCACAUUUUUAUUUAUUAUUGUCUUAUUAUUUUAUUGCAUUUCAUUAAGUCUCAAAGGCUUAGUAAAGUUAUUUUAUGUUAUAAGAUCUUUACUUGUAACAGUUGUAACCACUUAUUGUAUUAUUAUUCCAAUAUAUUUUAUGAUGUAUAUUAUCUGUUUUAUGUAAUAAAUUUAUGUUUACUAAAAA